GAUGCACAGCUUGGCAAGCGGGUUGCAGAAUUGAAGGAGGUGCUCGAGGAGACGGCGGUGCCGACGAGCGACAUUGACAAGCUUGUGGCAAGCAGCAAGGGCUUGAAGGAUAAGCAGAGCAAGGCCAAGAAAGCCGCCACGAAGAAGACCAUCGUAAAGAAGCGGCAGCGCAUGCGCCACCAGCGAGGUGGCGCCAUUCAUGGCCGCAAGCGCGAGCCCGGCGCGAAGAAGAAGGUAGGUAGGGUUUGCGCAGAUCAUGCCGGUGUUGAUUAUCGUAUGAACCACCUUCGCGUGUCCAGCAUUGUUUCUGCAAGCCUCCAAAUCGUGCAAAUCCUCCCACGGAUAAGUUUCCAUGCCAAAAACGGAACCAGGAAGUCCCGUGGGAGAAGAAGUGGCCCCAGAAUACACUGGCUUCGGGUUUCAAUUGUUGUUCUUGAACAGAUCUGGCAUACCCUUGUGAAGGCCAAACAAGUGACCUGUCAAAUGUUUGCAAUUGGCUGGAGGCCUUGCACACUUACAGCGUUGCUUUGCGGGUGCGCUUGGCGAAAGCCAAAGCUGCCGUCCGUGAGCGGGUCUCGGAGCUUGCGU